AAAGUCUUUUUUUAAGAGAAAAAAAAAAAUCAAACAUAAAGAUAUUUACCAAGUAUACCGCCCAAAACGAUUUUUUAUGUAAAAAUUUAUCAUUUUUGAUUUUUGAUUUAGGCCAUCCAUACAAAAAAAAAAUAAAAAAUAAAAAAAAAAAUACGGAAUUUGACUGAUCUGUCAUGCAAAGUUGCAAAAUCAGUGCUGCUUAUGAUUCUGAAUCGCCGCCGGAGCCUCCUUUUCUCUCGCCGUCUCUACCACUGGAGCCUCCAACUUGCAUAUCCUCCUCGACCCAUUGAUUCUGAAUCAUGCACCUUCUACAUCAAAACUUGCAGUACUAUCAAAUCCUUGAAAUGUAUUCACGCUUCAAUUCUCAAAGCCAACCUCCACCUCAAUUUGUUCUUUUGCACCACCCUCAUUUCCCAGUACGCCUCGCUUGGCUCUGUUUCUUACGCCUAUUCUCUCUUCUCUUUGCUGCAAUCUCUUGAUGUUUUUCUGUGGAACGUGAUGCUUCGUGGGUUUGUUGAUGCUGGGUUUCAUCGCAGGGCCAUGCUUCUCUAUACCCAAAUGCUGGAUUUGGGAAUUGGACCUGAUAAUUUUACGUUUCCAUUUGUUUUUAAGGCGUGUGGGUGUAUGGAGGAUUUGGAUUUUGGGGUUAGAGUUCAUUAUGAUGCUGUGUAUUUUGGGUAUGAGUUGGAUGUUUUUGUUGCGAAUUCACUCAUCGCGAUGUAUGGUAGAUGUGGGCGUUCAGAGCUUGCACGAGAGGUGUUUGAUAAAAUGCCUGGAAGGAAUGUGGUGUCCUGGAGUUCAAUAAUUGGUGCUUAUGCACAAAAUGCUCAAUAUGGUUUAGGAGUAUCGUUGUUCUCGCUGAUGUUGAGUGAAGGAUUUCAACCGAACAGGUCUGUAAUGUUGAAUGUGAUGGCGUGCAUCCAGUCAGAGAAAGAAGCUGAUGAUGUUUAUCGAAUGGCUGUGGAUUAUAAGCUAGGUUUAGAUCAGUCAGUCCAAAACGCAGCAGUUGGUAUGUAUGCACGAUGUGGAAAAAUUGACACUGCCCAAAAUAUCUUUAAUGGAAUUCAUAAUAAGGACUUGGUGUCGUGGGCGUCAAUGAUUGAAGCUUAUGUGCAGGCUGAUCUUCCUCUGAAUGCUUUGAAGACUUUUAGAGAAAUGAUACUAAUGGGUAUUCUGCCUGAUUCUAUCACCCUUUUGGGUGUGAUUCAUGCUUGUUUAGCUUUAGGAUGUUUUAGCCAGGCUUGUUGGCUACAUGGUUUUGUUAUCCGGAGGUCUUUUGAAAACCAAAUAGUGGUUGAAACUGCCAUUAUUGAUCUAUAUGUCAAAUGUGGAAGUUUAAUAUAUGCCAGAAAAGUUUUUGAUAACAUGCGGGAAAGAAAUGUUAUCUCAUGGAGCACCAUGAUUUCAGGAUAUGGAUUACAUGGCCAUGGAAGGAAAGCAAUCUGUCUCUUCAAUGAGAUGAAGAACUCAACUAAGCCUGACCACAUAACAUUUGUAUCAUUAUUGGCAGCGUGUAGUCAUGCUGGAUUGGUUGCAGAAGGAUGGGAUUGCUUCAAUUCCAUGCAUAGGGAUUUUGAGCUGAAACCAGGACCCGAACAUUAUGCUUGUAUGGUUGAUCUCUUUGGUCGAGUUGGGAAGCUUAAAGAAGCUCAUGAUUUUAUCUCAAAAAUGCCGAUUAGGCCCAAUGCUGGGAUUUGGGGUGCAUUGCUUGGGGCAUGUAGAAUACAUUCAAAUGUAGAAAUGGCUGAAGUUGCUGCAAAACAUUUACUUGAGUUGGACCCGGAGAAUCCUGGGAGAUAUGUUCUCUUGUACAAUAUUUAUCUUUCAUCUGGAGAAAGAAAAGAAGCAGACCAGAUUAGGGCUCUUAUGAAGCGAAGAGGUCUUAGAAAAAUUGCAGGCCACACAACUAUUCAGAUAAAAAACAAGAUUCAUACAUUUGUGGCUGGGGAUCAAUCUCAUCCACAAACUGAAAUGAUUUAUUCCGAGUUAGAUAAAGUGGUGUACAGGAUUCAAGAAGUUGGGUACACCCCUGAUUUGAACUUUGUAUUACAUGAUGUGGAAGAAGAGACGAAGGAAAAGCUUCUAUUUGUGCAUAGUGAAAAGCUUGCUAUUGUUUUUGGGCUCUUGAAUUCUGCACCGGGGAGCGUCAUUAGGCUUCAAAAGAAUCUCCGAGUUUGUGGUGAUUGUCAUACAUUUACGAAGUUCAUUUCAAAGGUUGCAAGAAGAGAAAUUAUAGUUAGAGAUGCUCGUCGGUUUCACCAUUUUAAGGAUGGUACUUGCUCAUGUGGAGAUUACUGGUGAAAUAAUAGGUUCAGACAUUGAAUUCAAGUGCAAAUGCAGUACAAGCAAUAACGUGGCUUGAACUAAAUUGAGCAAGGGAAAAGCAAAGUUUUCUUUAUGAAGCAGCUUGGGUCAACUUAGACCAUUAACUUAUGCAAAAUGAACAUGCACCACACAGCUUGAUAACUCCCAAUAACGAUGGUACUUAUGAUUCUAAAUGCUUGGUUACAGCCUAUUGUAGACGCUGGUCAUUUAUUGGACUUGUUCAUGUUAUGUCUAAGAAUUUCACUUCGCUGGCCAGUAAUUCUGGCCGUUAGUUGAAUACUACUUCAAAAAGAGACACGGGUAGCGCACAUCAUAUUUCUAGCUGAAAUUCAGAUUGAUGAUUGCCCUUUCUAGCAAUAGUGUUGUUCUUAUUAGAGAGAAGGAAGAGAACUGAGGAAUUGUGUAAUUUUAUUCAAUCACUUCUUACU